UUGCAAUAAGGAUGUCUUCACUGUAGCCUCAAAGAGAGUUUAUCAAGAGCUUUUUAUGUUCUAACGUAGAAAAAGAUUACAGGGUUUAAAUAAAUCAUCGUCAUGUCCGAGGAACAGAGCAAUGAUUCUCGUAGACUGCUUGAUUUCAGCUGGGGACCCCAGAUAAUCUUACACCGAAUAGAGUUCCUACAGAAUCAAAUUGUAAAGGAGAAGGAUCAUGGUGACCAGUUGCUCUUUAACCCAGAGACGAACUCCAGUUUGGACAAGGUGGAACCAGAAAACAUGCUGAUAAAAGAAGAGCUGGAUGACCUGGAAAAUCAGCAGAUAAAACAAGAGGGAGAGGAGCUCUGCAUAAAUCAGGAUGAAGAACAGUUUAUAAUGAAGCAGGAGACUAAUGCCUGCAUGGGGACUCUUACUAAUGUUAAAAAAUACCUGUCUGAAUCAGAACCAAACAUGAAUCAACUGUUUUCUAGGGACACUCCUGAAGCUGAGAACCAUCACCUUGAAGGAAACGAUCAUAAAAACAUAGCAUCAAAGAUAAAUGAAGGGGCAAAAAAGUAUAGUAAGUGCAAGAAAACUAGACGGCAUGUGGACAAUUCUGACAGCUCAAAACGACACGGCCACAAGAAAACGAGCAAAGAUGAGAAACUGUAUUCUUGUAAAAUAUGUGAUAAAACAUUUUCUUCUAAUAGUCACCUGAAUAGACACAAUAGAAUUCAUACAGGUGACAAGCCUUUCUCGUGUAAGAUCUGCAGAAAAUGUUUCAUUUAUAAAAGCAUGUUAACUAUUCACAUGAGAAGUCACACAGGCGAGAAGCCGUUCUCAUGUGAGUUUUGUGGAAAAUGCUUCAGUCAAAAGUUUAGCGUAACCAUUCACUUAAGAACUCACACAGCUAAGCCUUUCCCAUGUACGGCAUGUGGAAGGAAUUUCAGUCUCAAAUGUGAUUUAGUACUUCACAUGAGAAUUCACGCAGGUGAGAGGCCGUUCUUGUGUACGGUUUGUGGAAAGGGUUUUAGACGAGAGGGUUCUUUAACUGAACACAUAAGAACUCACACAGGGGAUAAACCUUUCUCCUGUAUGACUUGUGAAAAAAGAUUUGGUCAAAAGCGUUAUUUAACUGAGCACUUGAGAAUACACACAGGAGAUAAACCUUUUACCUGUAUAAACUGUGGAAAAGGUUUCUAUCGAAAACAGCAUUUACUUUCACACAUGAAAAUUCACACAGAUGAUAAACCUUUCUGCUGUAAAACCUGUUUGAAAAGAUUUAGACGAAAAUGUUUUUUGACUGAGCACAUGAGAAUUCACACAGGUGAUAAACCAUUUACCUGUAUGACCUGUGGAAAAGGUUUCCAUCGAAAACGUCUCUUAGCGUUACACACGAAAACUCACACGGGUGAGAAACCUUUCUCGUGUGAGCUUUGUGGAAAAAGUUUUACUCAAAAACAGUCCUUAAAAACUCACAUAAAUACGCACACUGGGGAGAAGCCCUAUGCGUGUGUGAUCUGUUUUAGAAGUUUCACUCAAAAAAAGUCUUUAAACAAUCAUGUGAGGACACACAACGGUUCCACGGGUUCUAGUGAAUGACCUGUGGAAAAAGCUUUAGGUUAAAUGUAUUUUAAGUGAUCACAUGAGAAUUUACACUGAUGAGAAGCCUUUUCCACACAGGACCUGAAGAAAAACCUUUACUGACGUAUGGUAUUUGAAAGGUCACAUAUAAAGUAAAAAGUUCUUGAAGUGAUUGUAUUUAUCCUUGAUUUGAGCAGGUACCGUAUUUUCGGACCAUUAGGCGCACAGUGACUUAACGUAUAUUUGUGCGUUUUUGUCCACAUAUAAGGUGUACCGGAUUUCAAGUAGUGGAGACUACUGCUUUCUUCAGUUGUGUUAUCUCCUAAUGUAUUACCUUCUUAUAUUUUAA